ACUUGUCUCUUUGGUGCCAUAUGCAUGUUUAUGGCUACGCUAGCUUUAGGGCAGAGAGAGAGAGAGAUCCUACUAGCUAGCAGAAAUGUUAGAAUGAUAUGAGAGAGAGAACAGAGAGAGCAGAGAGAGAGAGCUUUUCUUCUUGCCUUGAAAGGAGAGGAACGGGAACAAAGGUACCCAAUGCUAGCAGAUACAUAAGGAGGGACGUACGGGCCGGGUAAAGCGACGAAGCCUUAUGGAUGGGCAUCUCCAUUUCUCUAACCCGAUAUGCCUAGCUUAGCUUCCAUUGGUGGGGGCGUGUGUGUUCUUUGAGAGAUUCUAAAAGCUCGUCACCGUAGAGCUAGCAGUGCGACCUUUAUUUUCUUCUCCCCCUCGUGGGGGAAGUGGCAUCGAUCGAUUAAGAUCCCCUUUACAACCACCAUGAUGGCAGCCUCGUCGUCGUCGUCCUUCAACCUCAGUGAUCAUCUCGUUCAAGAUGACCUCCCGUGGCCUGCUUCUUCUUCUUCUUCCUCCCAGCUGCCAUUUGCUCCUUCUCAUCCUCCUCACGGCGCCAUUAUUGGAGGCAGCCAGCAAUGGUGGCAGCAACCUCAAAUGCUAAACUGUGCAGACCGGCAUCCCUCCGACGAGCUUGAGGUCCUCCUCUCAGCACAAGGCAGCCACCACCACCACCACCAUCCUUCUUCUUCAGUGAUCCAUCCUCAGCUAAGCUCGCUGCUAAUGAUGCAAGACCUAGGGUUCCAAUGGAGCAGCUGCGGCAGCUUCGUGGACACCUCCUCGUCGUCGCCCAUGCCACCACCACUGGUGAACGGCCAGCAGCACGACGGCCACAACAAGAUCAAGGAGUGGGACCGCCCGCUCACUGCUAAUAACUCAUCAAGGUCAUCGUGUGCGAGCACAGCUAUGGCUUGCCGAGAUGUCGUCCUCGACGGCGGCGGCGGCGGCGGCCUCCCUGCCAUGGCCGCCGUCGCCGCCGAUCUUGACGACGGCACCGUGCUCCCGGCGAGCGUCAACGUCCCCCGGACGACGACGACGCGCCAGAGGCCAUUCCCGGCGGCGCCGCCACCUCUCCCCGGCGACGCGUUCGAGAUACUGGCUUCGUCGAGGCUAUGCAAGACCCUGCUGCUUAGCCAAGCUUCUUCUUCGGUACUGCUCCAUAAUGGCACGACGAUGCCUUUGUUGAGAUCAGAGCAUGUGCCCUAUGGCCCUCCUGCUCCUGCUCAUCCCCAAGGACCAUCCAUCGGCAACUACAAGCAGUGCAUGCAGAUGGGCGCGUCUUGUGGAGGCCGCGCGCAGCACGAAGCGGCAUGUCAAAGCAUGGCGGCGGCAGCAGCACGCCCAGCACUGCCAGUGGUGCCGUCGUCGAAGAAGCCUCGAGUCGAGCAGCGGUCCUCCACCAUCGUCCCUUCUUUCAAGGUAAGGAAAGAGAAAUUAGGGGACCGGAUCGCUGCUCUUCAGCAGCUCGUCUCACCGUUUGGCAAGACUGAUACCGCAUCUGUGCUCAUGGAGGCCAUCGGUUACAUCAAAUUUCUUCAAGAUCAAGUCGAGACUCUGAGCCGCCCCUACCUGAAAUCCUCCAGAAGUAAGAAGCCCAGGCCGACACCGCGGGGUUCUUCAAACGCGAGCGCUGGGGAGCUGGAGGAAACGAGGCCUGACCUCCGCAGCAGAGGGCUCUGCCUGGUGCCUCUCUCGUGCACGUCCUACGUGACCAACGAGAACGGAGUCUGGGUUCCACCGAAUUUUAGGGCAAACUAAAGUCAUGUCAGCGCUACUAGAGACACAGCACAACAGUGUACCAAGAACUACUAAUCCACGGUUCAUCUCAGUUCAUCCACGGUUAAUACCAGUUCUCCGGGCCAAAAGACACCCACCAUCUACCUCUUGUGUUGUCUCUCUUUGCCACUUUUUUUUUUUGCUAAGCAGUAAAUAACAGUCAGAUAUAUACAAUCUCUUCUCCUGCAGUUAUGCAGAGGCAGAGCGGCUGAAUACGAUUACAAAUAACCAACUGCAGCGUGCAAA